GAGUUCCCCUCCAGCCCAGAGCCAGGAGCAGCUCUCAAUCCCGGGUGAGGCACCGAGCACUUGAGCUAUUUCAGCCACAUGCAAAGCAUCGGAAUUGAGAUCGCAGCUCAGAGGACACCAGGCAUCCCUUUCACCUUCUAAGGAGCCUUGUAUUCUUGCACCUGGCUGCUUGGGACUCUCCUUAGGCAGUAAACAAAUACACAAAGCAGCCAGAACCAGGAGAUACAAUAUCAGAGUGCUAUAAAGAGUACCUCUUUGUAUGAAAAGCAGUGGCCCCAGUGUGAGUGGAGUUGCGCAUCUAAGGGAGAGCUUUCGUGUUUUUGGUCCCGGACAAGGCACGCAGCUAAAGAAGGAAGGUGUAUUCUCCACUCUGCAUCCCUAACAGAGGGAUAAGACUGCGUGAAUAUGUCGAAACAGCCAGUUUCCAAUGUCAGAGCCAUCCAGGCAAAUAUCAAUAUUCCAAUGGGAGCCUUUCGGCCAGGAGCUGGGCAACCCCCUAGAAGAAAAGAAAGUUCUCCAGAAACAGAGGAGAGUGCUCCUCCCACCUCGGAUGAGGAAAAGAAGCCAAUUCCAGGAGCGAAGAAACUUCCAGGACCUGCAGUCAACCUAUCGGAGAUCCAGAAUAUUAAAAGUGAACUGAAAUAUGUUCCCAAAGCUGAACAGUAGUUGGAAGAAAAAGACAUGAUGUGAAGAAUUGAAGAGUAAGAGAACAGAUUAAAAUGAAAAUAGCUCACUAAAAAUUUUAUAUAUUUGUAUGAAGAUUAUGAACCUCCUGAAUGCCUGAGAUGAGCAGAAAUAUCCUGUUUGUACAUUUAUAUCUCUUCCUUCUAGUUGGCUGCACUUCAUACUUUGUCUUCAUGUUUGGCACCUUUCAGAACACAUAGUUCAAGAAUCCACCUCCUGAAGGUGUAGUUUUGAGGAAGAAUAUGAUUUUACAGAGAGGGAUAUGGCCAUACGCAUAACAAUGAUUGUGAUUAGAAGAUCUAUAAGCUACUUUCCACACUAUUUUGGUCAUUAUUUGGAAUGUAUUUUAGUUCUUCACCUUCUAAAUUAUAUCAAUAAAGUUUUUAUGAGUUCAAAUAAAUAUGCAAGUAAACGUAAAAUAUGAAUCAAAACUAAUAAAUUUUCAUAACUUUAGAGAGCUACAUAUGCCCCCAUAUGGAAAUUCUAUAUAAUAAAAGCCUAAUAUGCUAAGUG